AUGGCCGACCUUCCCCUAACGAUGCGCUCACUUGUGGCGCCGAAGCACUGCACACCCGUUGGCUUCGAGGUGGCUGAGCUACCCCUUCCGACAAUCACAAAGCCCACCGAAAUCAUCGUUCAGGUACACGCCGGAGCCAUCAUGAAAGGGGAUUUAAUGAGGCCCGCCGGUAACCGGAUGCUUUCAUUGCGCAAAGAGAAUUUUCCACUCAAGAUUGGUGUUGAGGGGGCUGGCGUUGUCGCUGCUAUCGGCUCUCAAGUCACCAAGUUCCGAAUUGGCGAUGCCGUGUAUGGUCACGGUUUCUCCCGUCCGGCGUUUAGCGGUCCCAAUCCAGGCUUCUGUUCCGAGUACGCUCUCGUAGAAGAGAAAAUGCUUCUACCCAAACCGUCGCAUCUUAGCUUCGAAGAAGCGGCAGCACUGCCCGGAUACACCGUUACGGCAUACCAAACCAUCAAGCGCGGCUUGGAACUCGCCGGAGAAGAAAGCCUUGAAGGGAAAACCGUCUAUAUCCCGGCCGCCUUGAGCGGAGGGGGUUUCAGCGGCAUCCAGGUGGCAAGAAAUGUUUUUGGCGCGACAAAAAUCAUAUCUACCGUUUCAACACCCAAAAUGAGACUCGUGGAGAAGUGUCUUCCCGGCCUCGUAGAUCAGCUGAUCGAUUACAAGACCACCAAUCUCGAGGACGUCAUUCCCAGGGGCAGCGUGGACUUCAUGUUGAAUACGCAAUGGGGCACUAUGAGUCCCGCCAUCCCGCUUCUCAGCCCCAAGACGGGCAUCAUCAUGUCGAUUGCGUCGAUUCCUCCACCUGCACUGCUUAAAGAAAUCAUGGGACCCGACAUGGUCCCCUUUUGGUUGAUCUGGAUGUUGAACUUGGUGCAGUUGUGGUACGCUUUCAAACUUCGAGGGACCAAUAUUCAACAUGAAUUUGUCUCCGGCAACCCGGGGAACGAAGAGGAUCUUGAAAAAGCUGGAGAAUUUAUUGCUACCGGCAAAGUGAAAGCCAUCUUUCGGGCGGUUGACCUGUUAGACAUUCUAGCAGUUAGAGAUGAGUGCCUAAAGGUCCAGACUGGCAAAGGUGGGUUUGGCAGGCUCAUAGUAAGGGUCAAGGCCUGA